AUCCACUUGGGUUGUCACCCUCACCACCAUAAUCCCAACUCUCCUCACUCUGCUUUCACACUCCUCUCUCCCAAUAGAAAAAAAACCAGAGCUCCAAAUGGACCGUCUCACCAUAUCCUCUCUCCUCCUCAUCCUACUCCUCCCAUUUCUAUCCCUUUCAGAAGGAGGAUCAAUCGGAGUGAACUAUGGAAGAAUAGCAAACAACCUACCCUCUGCAUCAAAAGUCAUCAAACUCCUCAAAUCCAGUGGCAUUGACAGAGUCAAAGUCUAUGACUCCGACCCGGCUGUCCUCCGUGCCCUCUCCAACUCCGGCAUUAAGGUCACCAUCGACCUCCCUAACGAGCAGCUCCGCUCCGCCGCUACUCGCAACUCAUACGCCGCCGUCUGGGUUCUUCGUAAUGUGGUUGCGUACUACCCACACACACUCAUUGAAGCCAUAGCAGUCGGGAAUGAGGUGUUUGUGGACCCACACAACACCACCACUUACCUCGUUCCCGCCAUGAGAAAUAUCCAUAAUGCCCUUGUCAAGUACGGGCUCGCCUCUAAAAUCAAGGUGUCUUCCCCAAUUGCCCUCAGCGCACUGGGAAACUCAUACCCUUGUUCCGCCGGUUCAUUCCGGUCCGAGUUGGUUGAACCGGUUUUUAAACCCAUGAUGGAGUUUCUCCGGGAAACCGGGUCUUCUUUAAUGGUGAAUGCUUACCCCAUUUUUGCUUACCAAGCAAACAGCGACGUCAUCUCGUUUGAUUAUGCUCUUUUUAGGGAGAAUCCUGGCGUGGUGGAUUCCGGGACUGGGUUCAGAUACUUCAACCUCUUCGACGCCCAAAUCGACGCGGUAUUCGCCGCAAUGUCAGCGCUCAAGUACGACGAUAUUCCCAUCAUAGUGACGGAAACUGGUUGGCCGUCGAAGGGAGAUUCCAUGGAACUCGGUGCGUCGGUUGAGAAUGCCGCAGCUUACAACGGUAACCUUGUCCGUCGGAUUCUUACCGGCGGUGGGACUCCUUUACGGCCCAAGGCGGAACUCACGGUAUUCCUCUUUGCUCUCUUUAACGAGAACAAGAAGCCCGGGCCUACUUCGGAGAGAAACUACGGGUUAUUCUACCCGACCCAGAAGAAGGUUUACAGCAUUCCGUUGACGUUAAAGGAAGUGAAGAGUUGGAAGGAUGUUAAAGGAAACGGUCCGGCGGUAGUUACUCCGGUGGUGAGUCCGGCGACAGGAGGUAGUAGGACGGCGGGGAAGGUGACGGUUAAGGAGACGUGGUGUGUGGCGAAUGGGGAAAUGGGGGAGGCUAAGCUGCAAGCAGCUCUAGAUUUCGCGUGUGGGGAAGGACAAGCUGAUUGCCAUCCGAUUCAAGAGGGUUCCACGUGUUAUGAUCCUAAUACAUUGGAGGCCCACGCUUCGUAUGCUUUCAAUAGUUUUUAUCAGAAGAACAACCGUAAGAUGGGUUCUUGCGACUUUGAAGGGGCUGCCUUUGUGGUGUCUCAGCCACCUAGAUUUGGAAAAUGCGACUUUCCAACAGGAUAUUAACUCCAAAGCUGAUAGUAGUUGAAUUGAAUUAAAGUGGUGGUUAGGUCUGUUUCAGCAUGAUUUACGAGUAUAUGUAGCUAAUUUUAAAUUUUGGGAGGUUCUUUUUGUAUUUAUUUGAAGUACUCCGUUGGGAGGCCGGGGCAGUUGCAUUAAUUAACAUAUUAUAUUAAUUGGGAACUCAGAGAAACCCAAGUUUAAAACUAGUUUCGUUUCUUUGUAAUUAACUACCAACAACUCUCUUACCAUAAUUACUCUCCCAGUAUUAGUAUUAUUAAUGCAUCUACA